AUGGAAAAUCAUAGACAGCAGAUGGAGGGCCUGCCGCUCGGCAGUCAUGUCAAACAUGGCUGGGAAACAUCAAGAGCAACCUCUCCCGCCGGGACUGUCGCGAUGGAUCAAUCACAGAUCUCGGACGUUGAACAUCAAGUCAAGCGCAACAGACCGCGGACGUUUCCAUAUUUCAGCACUUUGCCUUACCCGGUGGAAGAUGAGACACAGAGACAGAAGAACUUGUCCGAGAUCCUCAAACACCUCUAUAUUGCCAUUCAGGCCAGUGAUUUUACACCAGGGGCGGUGCACUGGACGAGAGAACUUCGCAGCUGGCUUUCCCUGAAGUUCGACCCGACUAGGGAGCAGCGUGUGAAACUCGUCAAGCUGUACUAUGAACUGGCUCUGGCUCCUGGUAUUGAUUCUGGUGUUGCUGAACGCUUUGCAAGCAUGUUCAUGCUCCUUACAAAGCGCAAGCACUACUUGCGACCACUCAAAGACCUGACCCUCGACUGGCGGACCCUUUACAGAGAACUCAAAGUAUUUGUGCUCCCGAGUGAAUCUGGACUCAUGCAAACAACCAGUCUAAAGAGAAACAUCAAGACACUCACAAAGAUCGCCUCAUUCGCGCAGUUGUACUUCGACCCAGGAGAUAUUCCUGCUAUGCUGGAGGGAAUCCUCCCUCACUUCACCAUGUCCUCCGCCGAGGGAGCCUUUGUGGUCAUAGGGUUACUCAAUAUACUUUUGCCAACCAGUCCACCACCACAAAACCGCUCCGACUUGACCCCUCAGCAGUUCCUUCCCACUCUCUUCCACUUGUGGUCGUUGGUCAAUCGAUCUCGGACUGUGGACGUGGCAUGUCUCGAUCUCUGUUCUCGCCUCGCUCGAGACGCCUUGCCCAGUCCCAACGUAGAGUUUUCCGAAUGCGGUAUCUUUACAUUGGAACAGUCAACCUUGAUCACGACUUCAAUCUUGCGGUUGCUCGAGAUCCCUGUCGGACAGUCGACCUCACCAUACAGCACGCUUGUCGAUUUGUCGGCUGGCAUGGGCAUUUUACUUGAGCGAGACUCGCGAAAGCAUCCAGUGUCCCAUCACAUUGCUCGCUGGUUCGUCAUGUCCCUUUCGCCAGCGUGUCUGACACAACGGACCUCGGUCCUGUCGCUCCUCGAGACAUUGAUUCAGGCGGUCGAGACAUUCUUCCACCCUUCCAAUUCGGGCUCGUGGACGCGUACUUUGGCGCAGCUGGUGUUCUAUCUCGCAGAUUUCUUUGUCAUGCGCUGGAACCGAGAACGAAAUGGAGAAAUGGAAGUGCCAGAGGAGCGUAGGCUCAAUGAGCCGCUCCGAAAGCGCUUCGUCUUGUGUUUGCGAGAAGUCAUCUUCAUGGGCAUCUAUGCAAAGAGCGGAACGGCCAUGAGCUAUUCCUUGUCCACCCUCCAAGCGCUCGCAUUCCUAGAGCCAGAUUUGAUUCUUCCAGGGGCGCUGCAGCGCAUCUACCCGUCUAUGCAGGGACUAGUGGAAGUCCAUCGCACAAUCUCCUCCUUGCGGUCUCUGCAAAUUCUUGCAAGAACAAUGAUCAGAACCAAAGGGUACCGCUGCCAUGUCACUGCGCUGCUCGGCUUGGCACUCCCAGGUAUUGAUGCCAAUGAUUUGGAGAAGACGCUGUACACGUUGUCAUUUUUCGCCAACGUUUGUUACAACAUACCGUUCGAAGAUCUUUCUAAAGGUCGUGAAGACAUCCAGGGGAACAUGUUGGCCAUGGAAUGGAUCACGGGGGAAAUGGAGCGAAUGGAGCAGGAGGGUGCCAGUGUGGAACUCAACUAUGCCUCGCUCAACGAGAAAGACGAGGAGAUGAUUCUCGCAUCCUCCACCGCCGGAUUCAGCGAGUUUGUAACGUCGUUCUUGGGCAGGGUCUUCACGCUUCUGGAGAAUUUGCCGGAUGCAGCCAGAGUCCGCAGUGGCUCUCCUGAAGAGAACAUUGUCAACACAUUGCCUGCGGCUUUCAUGCCGUUGCUGGCAUCUCUCUCGCCCGAGCUCUACGACUUGGCCUUAAACAAGAUUGUCGACUUUGUUGCGAAUCAUGUCAUACAUCAGUCGCGGGAUGCGAUGGCAUUUAUUUGCAACUGCCUAUGCAAAGUCAACCCUGAGAAGGCUUUGGCUAAAUUCAUCCCUGUCUUGAUCGGCGCCAUUCGGACAGAAAUCGACGAGAAUGGUGCCGGCUCAACUAGAAACGCAGCCUCCGACGUCCUACCUCGAGAUCGGGGCCUCGUAUGGAACAUCAGCAUGCUAAGUAUGUGCGUGGUCCAUGUCGGGUCGGCAGUUCUCAAGUACAAGCAGGAACUGUUCGAUAUCGCGGUUUACAUGCAGCAGAAAUGCAAAGGCAUGCCCACCGUGCAUGUCUCCAACUAUGUGCACCACUUACUUCUCAAUCUCACGGUCACAUAUACCGCCGACUAUUCACUCUAUGAGCCGGAGAGGAUUGCUAAUGGCAUCACAGCGGACCUUUGGGGCUAUGCGGAGCCGCCCACCGCAAUCAAACUGAAGUGGCAUGUGCCUUGCAAAGAAGAAAUUGACUUUGCGGUUGAACUUUUUCAAAAUCAAGCGGAGAGUGCCCUCAAGCAUCUCACAGGUCUCAUUCGAGGCACUUCAAGCGUCAAGCGAGAUGGCAGUGGCAAGGAAUGGUCGGAUGAAGUCUCGAGAAAUCUUGUGUUGCUGCGACUCUUACUGGCCGGAGUAUCGGUUCUGUUUGAUGCCAAGGGCGUUAACGAAGGGCUCACCACGACCGCAGCAGGAGUUGAUGCCGACACUGCAAUGUCUCAAGCAAAUGGACACGUCCCGGAGGAGGGUGAGAAUGCCGCCGACACCGACGCCUCCCUCGAUGGCACAGACGAGACGUCAAUCAAACCGUCUUUUCAGUAUCCGGCAGGCGUGACCCUUAAGCCGGAGGAUGAGAACUACAAGUUGAUCCAUCGACUCCGACAAGAUGUCGGUCGUGUAUUGCAUGAGGUCCACGAAUUCUUGACCCGAGAAGGCGAAGAUGAUGUGUCCUCGUUUGCCCCGCUGUACACGGCAUAUCGAUCGUGGUUUGUUGAUGUGGGAAUUGAGCGGUCGGCACAUGUCCUUGACAGAGUUACGCGCCUUCUGCAUGCCGAUGAGCAGCCGUACAAAGUGAGCGGCAUCAGGAAAGAUUAUCCGCGCUCCAUUCUGGUUCGCCGGGCCAAUGUCUACCACACUCAGAGACUCCGACACAAUGCCGCACCCCGACCCCGUUCUGAAUUGGACGAACGGCUAUUGCUGGAUCUCGCGGAGUCAGCCGUGUCGUUGUACACUGAGGUCCGCCGAAAUGCGCAGAGUGCUGGGGAGUCUGCCCUGAAGGUGGUCUUUGGAGCUCGUCUUUUCAUUAUUCCUCCACUUCUGGCGUCCUUCCACAAGGCCGUAGAACGGCACGACUUUCCUCGAAUCAAAGGCAGUCUUUUUGCACUCUUGUUCGGCAGUCUGGCAAAGACAGUGGGCAGGCAUUGGAAAUAUACUCCAGCAGUGAUCAGAACCUUCAUCGAAGCCAGUACAGCUGACAAACCUUCAAUACAGAAACUUUGCAGUGGUGGGCUCUUCCAGAUCAUGGAUUAUGGAAGGCCUGGCGACCGCAUGGCCAUCAUCGACAGAGCAGUUGUUGAUCCCUUCACUCCCGACGAAGACGUCGAGAGCACAGUCUCCAAGAAGAAGGCCUUCGUCUUGAGCAAGCGUGCCAACAUUGAACGGAAGAAGACAGAACUGGCAGAAGAGCUCAUCGAAAUGGCCAGAGUCUCGCACUGGAAGAAGGCGACACGGGUCGCCACACUCGUCAUGUCAUUGGGAAUGCGAUUUGAUCACAUAUGUUCAGACAAUAUGAUCGAUCUCAUCACUCGAGGCACCGUCGAUCCCCAUCCCGGACUGCGAGGACUUUACUCCCAGGGCUUAGUGGCCCUGUUUACUAUGACAGAUGUCCGAGCAGUCUGCAACCAUGACUACGCCAAUUAUAUUCAAGCUUUGCAGGAAUUCCCUGCAAAGGUCAAAGUGCCCGUCCAUGCCGAGGAAGAAAUGUGGACAGACAACUUUCUGAAAGCCUUCUCUCAGCCGGAGACGGAUGUGUACAUUGAUCAUGAUUAUCCUGGGUGGCUGGUCUGGUCAAAGUUCAUGCCUGGCUACAAGGCCAAUGUGAAGAAUGACAUCUUGUAUGACGAUCUCGAAUGGAAGAAACGAACAGUCAUUGGUAAACUUCUGGACCGAGAAUGGUUCGUGAAGUUCUUUAAAUACCUGAAGCAGGAACCUCGGGAUCAAUCUGCCGACAGGUUUCGCAUGGCAAGUGCAGCGAUGCUCACCUAUGCGUUCGAAUUGAUCAUUCGGGACGGGCUGGCUGUCGCCACGUUCGAGGAGAUCAAGGAAGAAACCCUCGCCGUGUUUGAAGACGGUACUGACAAACAUCAACACCGCGCCACCGCCGAGAUCCUGGCCGGAUUGGUUACGUCGGUCAUGGACAACUCAAUUGAACGGCGGACGAUGGUAUGGGAGUUUGCGUUCCCUAUCAUUCAGCGGGUCUUCUCAGAUGGACUGACGCCGGAAAACUCGGGGUAUUGGACCACUUUCCUCCACAUGAUUCUUCAGGCACGAGAUCCUCGUCGGGCAUGGCCUCUGGUAGAAUGGCUCUCGAAUUUCCGAUUGGACAUGAACUCGAACGCUGCUUUCAAAGAGAGUUCGAAGAUACAUCUUCUUCAUCAAGUCAUAAUGGAUGCAGGAUGGCAUUUCCAACUGGAGAAGCCGAUUGCCGAGGAUUUCCUCCGCCAUAUCGACCAUCCUUACAAAGGCGUGCGUGAAGCCAUGGCCCAUACACUCGCCACCAUCAUUCGGACCAGAUACCACGAAUCGUUUAAAGACGUCAAAGAACUCAUCGCAACUCAACAGGCUGCUGGCUCCAUCGGCGUGCAACCGUACCUACCCACGAAAGAGUUUGAUGAAACAAUGCAUGAGGUUUUUGAGCGACUCGAAAAAUGGCGACACGAACGUGCACCGGGUCAACAAACACCUUCGUCGUACACCUCGGGAAGCAAGACGGUAUUGUUGUGGCUCGACUCAAUGUUAUCAUCGUAUGAGUGCACCCAGCUUCUCACCUACUUCCCCGACCUCUUCACCGAACAAUUCUUGCAUAUGAUGGACGUCAAGGAGGAUCCGGAAUUGCAAUCUCUGGCAUAUCAUGUGUUCCGUCAUCUGCCAAACAUCCCUCACCGCAUCGGAGAGGAUCAGAGAUUAAUCGAGUCGUUGAUCCGGAUCGGGAGAACGUCCCCAUCGUGGCAUCAACGCCUUCGGGUCAUGAUCAAUAUGCAGAUCAUCUUUUUCAGACGCUUGUUCCUGCUCUCAGAAGAGAGUAAACAGAAGCUGUUCAACUGCGUCGCUGAUAUGCUAGAGGACUCUCAGCAUGAAGUCCGUGCCGGUGCGGCCACCACGUUGUCCGGGAUGAUUCGUUGCUCGCCGCUCGACUUGCGCGAGAGAAUGAUCGUCAAGUUGCGAGACCGUUUCACGCAGACUCUCAUCGACAAUCCUCUGCCAAAGAAGCCUAGACGGCCGUUGGGUGGAAUUGCAGCCGAAUUGUCGUCGGCACGGACUUCAGGGACGAAUACCCCGACUCCUGAGGCACAGCGCUUGGUCAUAGUUCGACACGCCGCCGUGCUCGGUCUGGGCGCUUUGAUCCAAGCAUUCCCAUAUUCAAGCCCACCCCCUCCUUGGAUGCCCGAUGUCCUGGUGACGUUGAGUAGCAAAGCGGCAAAUGAUCCGGCCACCGUGGGUAACAGUGUCAAGAGCAUCAUCAGCGACUUCAAAAAGACGAGGCAGGAUACCUGGCAUAUUGACGUCAAGGCAUUCAAACCCGAGCAAAUUGAAGAUCUCUCCGGGGUCCUAUGGAAGAGCUAUUUUGCUUAG